AUGCCUCCUUUCGACACGCAAGACCAAGAUCAAGACGAGCAUGUCACCGAGUCCUGGGGACUCUCCCUCCCCUCAAUCCACCACAUCAUCCUCUCCCUCGACACCCUCUCGCAACUCCUCGCCCCUCCCUCAACCACCCCCCGCAUCCCCGGCAGCGCCGCCAAACUCCCAGGCGAGAUCCGACCUAGAAGUAAGAGCUUGCAGCAGGUUUUGCGAGCGGUUAUGUUUUUUGAGGGGGGUGCUGGAGAGGAGAGGGUGAGGAGGGAGAGGAUGAGGGAGAUUGGAGAGAGGAUUGGGAGGAUUGGGGGGGUUGUAGGGGGAUUUUUGAGGAGGGAGGAGGUGUGUGGGUUGCUUGGUUGUGAUUUCGGUGGGCGGGCGCGGAAUUGGGUUGUAGGGGAGGGGAGGAGGGGGGGUUCUAAGACUGGGUUUGGAGGGAUGGAGAGGGUGAAGGGGGGUGGAGACGAGAAUGUGGAUGAGGGUGAGGAUAGGCUGGGGGAGAUCAAGAGGGAGAUGAGGAAGGAGAUUCUUUUUGCGAAGAAAAUAGGGAGUGUGGAGUUGAAGAGGAGGAGAGAUGCCUUGGGUAGUGAGAGGAGGGAGAGGGUGUUAAAGUUGAUGGAGGAGUCGGAGGUGAAGAUUGAGGAGGAUAUGAGGGCGGUGGAGGAUGUGAUGUGGCCGAGGAGGAUUAUCAAAUUCGAUUCCUCGUCACCUUCUAUAUCCAACGAGCCGAAUAGUGACGAAUCCCAUCAAAGAAUUGUCAGAGCUUGGAUCUGGAUAUGCGAAUUGGCCGAGGAGAUAUGGGAAGACGGAGGAGAAGCUGCGAGGGGUAUUCUUACAGGCUGCUGGAGACUUCUUCGGGCACGGAGCGUGUCUUCAUGGGUUGUGGUGUUGGUUGGAGGCCUUGCUGUUGCUCUUGCAGUUGGGCAUGUGAAGAUGUACUGGCAGGCUUUGUUGGUGACAAGGGAUCGGACAUUAUGA